CGGCGGCGGGUCACGGAUAGAGAGCUCGGCUCCCUGGCGAUACAGGGGCGUGGCGCGGGCACGCUGCACGGAAACGAAAGCGGUCGGUCAGCCGUGGACAGCCGUGAGCCGACGGUGCCAGUGAGAAGGGGCGGACGAGGGUGGAACGAGUGUCGGCGGGUGGUGAGAAGCGGCACUGUGGUGUGGUGUGGUCGCGGCGAGGGAGGCGAUUCACGGUGAGAGCAGGGCUGUAGGGAUUGGCAAGCCUCGCCGACGAUCGUCUGAGCAAGAAAACAGAGGUUCUGCUAGUGAGGACGGUUCUGGAAAGACAGACUGAGGACCGGCCGGCGGCGGGUUUCGACCAGCUUCGCACUUGGUGGGAGCGGGUCGUCCAAGCAUCCAGCUCCUGAUCCAGCUCUCAGCAGGUGUCUGGCCCUGUUUCGCGCAGCAGGGGCAGCCACUCGGCCCGACCAUGAGCUCGGCCGAGGGCCCGCGGAUCAGCGUGAGCGGCUCGGCGCCGGCCCGCUCGCCGAGCCGCGAGUCGCUGCGAACCGACACCAGCCUGGCCACCGUGCUCUCCGGCGAGAUGGUGCGGCUCGGCCUGCGGAUGCCGGGCGCCUCACGCGGCCCGUCUCCGGGCCCCGGCGCGCGGCUGCGGGUGCCCGGCGGCGGGCCGGGCCGCGCGCCGGGCACCGACGCCUGGUGUGAGGACGAGGCCGACCUGCUGCGCUCCUGCGGUCUCCUCAGCCGCAUGCUGGGCAUGUCCAAGAGCUUCAGCACGGGCGACAUCGCGCGCCUGGAGGAGCCGGAGCCGGUGAGGAGGGCGGUCAGCCAGGCGGCGCUGCUCGGACUGCGCACGGAGCUGGCCGCCGGCCGGCUCGACCAGGCCAGCCGCUCGUGCAGCACCUGGGUGGCUGUGGGGGACCUGGCCUCCACCUCCCAGCUGCCCUCGCCGCAGGGGCGCCAGCAGACGGCCGCCGGCGGGGCCGGACAGUCGCCCUUCUCCGCCGCCGACCUCAUACGGGCCGUCAACAAAAAGGUGCGUCAGAACUACAUCCGGCGCCGGCUGCACAUCACAUUCAACGCGCUGAACCGGCUCUCACAGAGCGAGUUCAACCUGGAGCAGCUGUUCAGUACUGGAGUCCUGCCUCCCUUCGGCGUCCCGACGGUGACGACGGGAGACAGCAGCGCCGGUCGACCGGCCGAGCCGCCGCCGCCGCCCACCGCCGUACCGGCCGCCAAGACGGCGCCGAGAGCCGCCCAGCCGGGGGCGGGGGCGGGGGCGGGGGCGGCCGCGCAGCCGGGAGUCACUUUCCGAGACGUGGACCGACAGCGGGGUCGGCCGCUGACCCGCUACCAGCGCAACAUGAUGGUCUUCAACUGGCUGCACACGCUGGACGAGAACAGUCUGGAGGUCACGUAGUAGUGACACGUCCCGAGUCUGGGCAGGCGUUGAUUCCCCUGGUCGGCAGGAAGCCAGAAAAGUGCUACUCCGAGGGAGGAUAGCCAGCGUGGCGUCACCGCUGCCUCGGCGCGGGUGGGGUACUCCCCGCUGGUUCAGGGGAGGGAGGAGUGCCUCUAACAGAGGUGGGAGCCUAGGGUGAGACUGACGCGUCCACCGGCCGGUCGGAAGGGUGCGCCGUCACCAGUUGUCGCGCCCCUCGCCUAGCUACGUCCGACUCCUCCAAGGAGCCGUCCUUCAGUUGUGCUUUCUGAGUUGGGAAUGGCGUGGUCCGGUUCUGUUUUGCUACAUAAUGUGCUUGGAAGAUGAGAAUAUCGAUGGAUAUUAUGUCGUGAAGUAAAAACAUAUUGUUAAUGCUUAUCAAAUGUUCUUUAGUAGUCAAUUGAAAGUCAAAAGUAUGAGUGUUAUAUAUUGAAAAUAGAAAACCUAUAAAGUUUCAUGAAUGAGAGAGACGCUAAGUAGUACGAG